AUGUUACUAAAAUACUUGGGGAGUGUCAUGCCCCCACAGGAAUUUGAGAAUCGGGUAGUGAACACAGUCUGGUCACCAAACAACUUGAAAUUAGCUGUAGCCUCCUCUGAUCGUUCUAUAUACCUUUUUGAUGAAAAUUGUGUAAAACGAGACAGAUUCUCCACAAAACCUGUCGAUUCUAAGUUUGGUAAAAAGAGCUAUGUAAUCAAAGGUAUUGCUUUCUCACCGGAUUCGACCAAAAUAGCAGUUGGUCAAUCCGACUGUAUAAUCUAUGUGUACAAGAUUGGAGAACAAUGGGGGGAGAAGAAGGUAAUUUGCAACAAGUUUCGUCAGAGUUCAGCCGUCACUUGCCUAAUCUGGCUCUCUGAAGGACCCGUUAUCGUUGGAUUGGUGGAUGGGAAAGUACGUGCUUGUCUGCCAAAGUCUCAGAAAGCUCAGACCCUUUAUACAGCUGAUUCAAUGACUGUAUCCCUGGCAUCAAAUGUACGAGGCACUGGAUUUUUGUCGAGCCAUGCUGAUGGCAGCAUCAUAAAGUACAAUCUAACAGACGAUGGAAACCAUGAACCUUCUGGACGCAUCUGCACACACAGUGUGCCAGCAUACGCUUUGGCCUGCACUCAGUCUCACAUCCUUGCAGCAGGAUGUGACCGACGAGCGACGAUCUAUGACUCCCGUGGAAAGCUUGUGAAAAUGUUCGACUACAGCCGUGAGAACGACAAGGAGAUCUCAGUGGCCUGCUGCAGUCCUAGUGGACAGAGCAUCGCGAUUGGUUCCUGGAACAAGAUACGAAUAUUGGACUGGAUCCCACGACGUUCCGUCUGGGAAGAGGCAAACUCAAAAUCCUUGCCCAACUUUUACGCUGUCACUGCUAUAUCAUGGCGUCGGGAUGGAUCCAGACUCGUUGUGGGCAGCCUUUGUGGCGCUGUGGAGCAGUUUGAAACCGUCUUAAAACGCACAGUAAUAAGAGGUAGCCACGAGGUGGCUUAUGUGGGCCCCAGUCAGGUGGUCAUCCGGCCCCUGCAAGAAGGCAACAGACCAGUGAUCAUCAGGUCACAGGCAGGUCAUGAAAUAGAGGAUGUCAAGGUUCUGGGUCGUACUGACAACAAUGUGGUGGCACGUACAGCGAACACAUUGCUGCUGGCAGAUAUAGAACUGAAUCUGAUCAGCGAAAUACCCUGGGACGACAAGAGCAACAGCGAGAAGUACUUCUUCGAGUACCCAAGAAUCUGUCUGAUAUUCUGUUCCGGGGAGCUGACCAUCGUCGAGUACGGAAACAACGAACCCCUGGGCUCGGUUAGGACCGAAGCAGUGAAUCCUCAUGUAGUUAGCGUCAGGAUUAACGAGAGACAGUCACCAGGUGCCCAGGAUAAUAAACGGUUGGCUUACUUGUUGGAUUCCAGAACUGUUCGGAUCGUAGAUCUUGUAACCGGCGUCACUGUCGCGAUGAUUUCCCAUGAUGUGCGUGUGGAUUGGCUGGAGCUGAGUGAAACCGGCCAUAGAUUGCUGUCGCGGGACAAAAGGGCCAGAUUGUGGUUAAGCGAUGAAUUGGGUGGUCGAAGUUUGCUGUUAACCGGAGUCAGCUUCGCCUCCUGGGUGCUGGGCAGUGACGUGGUUGUGGCCCAAACCGGGCAAACAUUAGCAGUGUGGUAUAACGUCGACGCUCCAGAGGUUGCUACUCUGAUCCCUGUGCGUGGGGACGCAGUGGACAUCGUCAGGGAGGAUGGCAGAACUUCGGUUACCGUUGACGAACUCGGUGGAAAAGUCGCGUAUCUAUUGGACGAACCGCUGAUCGAGUUCGGUACAGCCCUGCACGAUAACGAUUUCGGCAGGGCUUUGCUGUUCUUGGAGGAACUGGCGGACAGGCCCCAGGCGGAGGCUAUGUGGGAGAACGUGGCCAGAAACGCUAUGGCCACCAGGCAAUUGUUGGUCGCUGCCAGGUGUUACGCCGCCUUGGGGGACGUGGCUUGUUCUAGGUUUCUCAACGAGAUCGUGAAGACCGGCGAGGUGUACAGCACAGAGACUGGGAACGAUCCUCUUUCUAGCCCAGAUUGCUGGGCCAAGCUGGCGAUCCUUAAUGGCGAACUGAAGACAGCAGAGGCGAUAUACUUAGAACAGAACGAGCUGAGUCAGGCACUUGAUAUGUACCAGAAGUAUUGGCACUGGGAGGACGCGCUGAUUCUGGCGCAGAAUCGUGGCUGGCCUGGGCUACAGGAACUCCGGGACAGGCAUUUAACAUGGCUCCUCGAAAGCGGACAGUCAGCCAGAGCAGCCGCCAUUCUGGAGCCUACUAAUCCACGUAGGGCAGUCAAGUUGUACCUAGAAGCUCGUCGACCUGGACGAGCAGCCAGACUAGUUCUGGCUGACGAUGAGCUGCUGGAAGAUAAGUCGAUUGUAAAUGAAAUCGUUAAGGUACUGAAGGCAACGGAUCUGAUGGAGCUCGCUGGCGAGCUACUGGAGAGGACCUCUGAGCAUCUGGAGGCUAUUCAAUGUUAUUCCCAAGCCGGAGUGUUCGCCAGGGCGUUGGAGCUCGCCAGAAAAGUGGAUCCCACAAUGGUGGUGGAUCUGGAACGAGAUUGGGGCAAGCAUUUAGCGUCAGCCGGACACUAUGACGCUGCUAUUAAUCACUUUAUAGAAGCUGGAGAGACUGCUCUGGCGCUGGACGCUGCUAUAAACGCUCGUCAGUGGAGGAAAGGCUUACAGAUCGUGCAAGUGAUCGAGGACGACGACCCAGCGAUCAGAAAGCAAUGCGAGAAGCUGGCUGAGUACUUCGACUCCAUAGGCGAGAAGAACCUCGCGGAGAGACUCUUCAUUCGCGCCGGAGACGCGAACCGUGCGGUGGAUGUCCAUAUACAAAACGGCAACUGGAGUCGUGCCCAUGAAGUGGCCCUGGAAUACAUGACGCCUGAGACAGCGAACGAGGUGCUGGCCAAACACGCGGCGGCUCUUAGCGGGGCGGGUGAUCUGAAGCAUGCAGAGGAGCUGUACCUUGCCAUAGGUGAACACGACUCCGCCAUAGCUAUGUAUAAGGGGGCAGGCCGUCGGGCAGACAUGGUUAGGCUUGUAGGAAGGCACAGGCCAGAUCUAUUGGCACCGACUCACGAGCACUUGGCCAGAGAAUUGGACGUGGCUGGGAAACCCAGAGAAGCUGAGGAACACUACCUCGCUGCUGGGGACUGGCGAGGGGCUGUGACUGCUUAUAGGUCAGCCAACAUGUGGGAAGACUCCUUACGGGUGGCCAAGAAACAUGCUGGGGACAGUGCUGCUCAGCAGGUCGCUCUAAUGUGGGCCCGUACCUUAGCCCCAGAACUGGGGGCAAGAUUACUGAUGAGGUUAGGUUACUUGGACGGGUGCCUUCAAUUGGCCUGCGAGGCUAACUUGUUCGAUUGGGCCCUGGAGAUCGCUAAGUAUGGCAGCGCUGAACAGAAGAAAGAGGUUCAUUAUAGACACGCCAUGGCUCUGGAGGAUGAGGGUCGUUUCUCCGAGGCUGAGAAGGAAUUCGUGAACGCGGGACGAACCAUGGAGGCUGUACAAAUGUACAUACACACCCGCGACUGGGAGGCAGCCGAAGAUGUGGCCCAGUCGUUAAACCACGACGCAGUCGCGCAGGUCCUGAUCGCCAGGGCCAGCGAAGCGGCCGAUGCUCAGGAUUAUUCCCUCGCAGAGACCCUGUUACUGAGGGCGCACAAGCCUGAGAUGAUUAUAGAUCACUAUAAAAAAGCUGGAAUGUGGUCAGAGGCCUUACGUGUUUGCAGAGAGUAUUUGCCGAGUCAAGAAGCGAAUCUCCGACGGGAAUUGGGCCAGAAAGCGGCCUCCCUUGGCGGGGCGAAUGCUUUCGAAGAAGCCAAGAAGUGGCUGGAGGUUGGAGAAGUGAAGGCUGCUUUGGAUAUUUUAAUUUUAGAUCCUCAAGCGCCCAGGUCGUCUUUAAUUCGAGCCGCGGAGAUUCUGCUGCAUCAAGCUGAUCCAGAGACUGCGGCGCAAGUCGGGGGAGACCUUGGGUCACGAUUGUUCGCUAUUGGCGAACAUGCUCUGGCUGCGCAGGUGUUUUUACAAGCAGACAGACUGAAAGACGCUAUAGACUCCCUAGUGUCAGUGGGAGAAUGGGAUAGAGCAAGGCGUAUAGUGAGAGAACUGGCACCGGACAUAGAGCCUUACUUAGAGGAGAAGUACAAAGAAGCGAUGCUGAGAGAUGGACAGAUAGACAGGCUAGUGGAGAUCGAUGCGGAGGCCUGUUUAGAUCUGCUGGCCAACAAAGGACAGUGGAGCCAAGUGUUCGAGGCAGCAAGCUCUCAAGGAUCUCAGAUGUUGCACAAGUAUGUAACUCAACGAGCAGUGCAGCUUCUGAAGGCAAAUGUCCCACUGGAAGCUUUGCAAUUGUACGCAAAGUAUGGUGCACCUGCUGUCCAGCAGAACUUCAACCUCUACCUGCAAUUAGCAGAGAAUGUUUUGAACUCAAACGCGUUCUACGAGUACAAACAUCUGGCUCUGCUCAGGGUUGUCCUCCUGGACCUCUGGAGCAGUCUGAAAUCGUCUGCUACGCCAAGAUCGAAGUUCGAGAGACUGCUCGAAUUAACGCAUUACUCGGCAGUAAAGUGUGGAUGUAAGGAUUACCCUGUACUCUCUGGACUGGUUCUGAAGGCCUCCGUAACUCUGUUGCGAUACACUGAUAUCAUUCUUGCCGAUCGGGCUUACUACGAGGCCGGCGUCGAGGCACGGACAGCUGGACUGAACAGCGAGGCGUUCGUUUUUCUGAAUCAUUUUCUCGACCUGGAGGAAUGCAUCGAAGAAGGCGAGAACACGGUGCUCGACGUCGAUGAUCUGGCUGUCACGGACUUUCCCGUGGAAGUGCCUCUACCGGAAUCACUGAGUGUGACAGCGGAACAGAGAGAAGAGGCUCGCGAAUGGGUGCUCGCGGUGUCUAUGGAUCAAAAGGUGGAACAGGUUCUUCCUACUGAUCAUAGAGGGGUAUAUGUGGGGUCAUUGACGUCUCCAUCCACCGAAUCUACGCGUCUGCAGAAGUGCACUUUGACAGGUUACCCAGUACGGGGUCCAACGAUUCGAUUUUCAGAGGGUGAACGUGUUGCUGACCGUGACGAUUGGACCAAAUUAAUCAACACAGCUCGUCAGGCACCGCAGGAUUCAGUUCUUAAUGACAUCUUAGCUUUCGUUCAAGAAUGGUGCGGAGCAGUUCCCACGUACUCUUUCUGA